AUGAGGACGUUGUUGGAUUUACCGGUGGAAAUCAUGUAUGACAUUUUUAAGAGGCUUCCUGUAAACUCAGUCUGCCGCCUCCGAUGCGUCUCCAAAACCUUGUUGGACAUAGUCCAGUCUCCCUUUUUCGUUUCACUACAUUCCCGUUUCUCCAUUCUCACCAACGCUCAUGCUUCUGAUCCUCCCCUUACGUUGCGUUUUGUGGGAGAGAGUUUCCCUUUUGCGUUUCGUAAGCCGUCCCAAUAUAUAAUGCCGUCAUUUAGGCCCUUAAAAUGCCUGCAGCAUGCCUUGGAAUGCCAGCAUUACGAUGGCAGCAAAGGUAGCCUUAUUGUCUCGGAUAUUCUGUCCACCACCGACGACGACGCCCAUUAUUUUGUAUAUUUCUCUUACUGCAGCCUCUUUCUCUUGACUAUAGGAAAAAAGGUUUGCUUCUUGAUCGAUCCUUUCACCGCAGAAGUUCUAAGGCUCCCGAGGAGUGGCAUUCACUAUAAAAAGAAUGGUGCCCGCACCUAUAUUUUCGAAGACGUUUUCGGCAUGGGAUUUGAUAGUAUAACUAGCACCCACAAGGUUCUUCGCUUGUCCCAAAUUGGUAGCACCAGAGAUAUUGAAGACUCUGAUUACUACGGCUGUGUAGCUCAAAUUCUUGAAUUGGGCACAAACUCAUGGCGAGAGUUACCCCCGCAAAAUCUAAAUUCUUGUAAAUAUCUUGAGGAUUUAGAUUCAGCCAGGAGCAUAUGUGCUUUCGGAGACAUGCAUUGGUUGAUUCUACAAGACAGAUCAGAAACAUUGAUGACCAAAAACGAAGAAGGCAUCAUUUCUUUUGAUUUCACGAAAGAAGAGUUCUAUCGGACUCCCACUUUGGGGAUACCAUGCUUGAAGCUUGAGUACACACACUUGAUUGCUUUAAGAGGAUCUAUGGCUCUAGUUAUAGUCGACACUGAGUUAUGGGACGUAUCAGGAGAUGAAAAAAGAAUUGAUAUAUGGGUGAUGAAAGAUUACCAUACAAAAGAGUGGGAGCGAAAUUACACCAUAAAUGUGCAUGAAUCAUUGCUCACCAUAAAUAUGCAUGAAUCAUUGCUUGAUUUGAAUGACAUGUUUGCUUGUUGUGGGGAAUGGGAAAAUGGCAUAUUUUUCCAAUAUGAAUUGACCCAUAUGUCAAGGUCAUUCUUUGUGGACUUGAGAUGCAAUUCUAAGCAAGUUAUACAACUUCCGAAGAGGCGUGAUGCCACCGCGUGGUGGAUGUGUUGGCGCAUUUUGAGUGUUAAUAGGAGCUUGCUUUCCCUGAAAAAUUAUGGAGAUUCGGUUCAAUCUCGAAACUUGCUUAAUUUCUCAAAGAAUGACUUAUGGAUCGGUGGCUUAUGGCCGCACUAUGACUGA